GAUGGGCUGUUGCUAACUUCUCAGCUCGCUGUGAUGUAAAUGGCCUUGUCAGGGAUUUGAUUAAAGUUGGAGAAAUGAAAGGAAUUAGUGUGGAGCCUCCAUUUGAUGUCUUUGAAGAGAACCCACAAUAUAGACGGGCUCCACCGCUUGUUCGGGUGGAGAAGAUGUUUGAAGAUAUUCAAGCGAAACUUCCUGGGGCGCCCAAAUUCCUUCUUUGUUUGCUUCCGGAGAGAAAAAACUGUGACAUUUACGGUCCUUGGAAGCGGAAAAAUUUGGCUGAUUUCGGGGUUGUUACUCAAUGUCUGGCACCUACCAGAGUUAAUGAUCAGUAUCUGACAAAUCUUCUACUGAAGAUCAAUGCAAAGUUAGGUGGCUUAAAUUCUAUCUUGGCCAUUGAACAAACUCCGUCUAUCCCAAUGGUAUCCAAGGUUCCAACCAUAAUACUUGGUAUGGAUGUGUCACAUGGCUCCCCUGGCCAGUCUGAUAUCCCAUCAAUUGCUGCGGUUGUCAGCUCGAGACAAUGGCCAUCAAUUUCUCGUUACCGAGCAUGUGUUCGCACCCAGUCCCCAAAGGUUGAAAUGAUUGAUUCUUUGUAUAAGCGUGUAUCAGACACUGAGGAUGAGGGCAUAAUCAGGGAGCUUUUGCUUGAUUUCUAUGUCAGCUCAGGAAAAAGGAAGCCCGACCAGAUUAUCAUUUUCAGGUAAAUUGUUGUUGUCCAGGUUCUAAAUAUAAUGUUG